AUGCUCGUCGUUGCAUGUUGUGCACCUAUUUCGUCAUGGUUCUUUCUCGUUCUGGUAGUUCUGUUGCACACGGUUUCGGCCCAGAAUGCUGUGUAUUCGACGACAACAACCCGUGGCCACACGCUUCCGUACAAUAUCCUUGUCGUGUUACCGGCUAAAGAAUCAAACAAUGACAAGUUUGGCCUAACGAUUGAAAGAGCCCGACCUGUAAUUGAUAUCGCCGUCGAAGAUGUGGUUAAAUCAGGUGGUAUGCCACCCGGAUGGGUGAAUCUGACAUUUUGGGACGAUCGUUACUGGGAAGACACGAACCUAGCUGAACGUUAUGCCACCGUCGGCAUGGUUAAAGCGUAUUGUGAACAUCGACUUGACGCUAUUCUUGGGUUCGCCGACAGUUACGGGUUGGCAACUGUCACUAAGGUAUCGGCCGGUUUAAAUGGUGGUGUACCGGUGCUAACUACUGCCGGCAUGCCAUCAGUGUUGAACAUGAAGAAAUCCUAUCCGUUUCUAACACGCAUGCAAGGUUCAUAUCGUCAAUUGGCAGUGUCGAUGUACCAGUUAAUUGCCUAUCAAGAUCCGACUGAAACAUCGACACCACGAAACAUAUCGUCGAUAAGCUUAAACUAUUUAAAGAUGAUGUUCUUCUAUCAUGACAAGAAACGAGCUGUGAACAAACCCCUAAAAGACGGCGAUAGUCAAGACUCUGACGUAUCGUCAUCACAUUGCUAUUUUUCUCUCUACGCCAUAAAAAACUAUUUCACGGAAAAUAGUAAAGUGUUCAAACGUGAAUGGCAACUGAACACACCAUCGUUUCCAUUCGAUGAAGAACUUCCGCGUACUCGUGACACGACUAAACAAUGGCUUAGCGAGGUGUCAAUGGAAACCAAUGGUGAGUUCGCGUAG